UCUGUCUGGGUGGUAGUUUCCUGCGUUUUUUGGUUCUUUGUUUGCCUCGCUGUGACAUUUUCGUAUGUUCUUGCUUGUUACUCGCUUCUUGUGGGCUUCUUGUCGCCCCGAAGAUGAACAUAACCACCUCCGCCUCAGCCACAUCAAAAAUGAACCGUUUUAUGGGCGAAGAGCAACGUGGCCUCGAAACAGCGCGCCGCCCCGCUCUUCUAAUAGCACUGGCCCUGACCGGGAGGACGCAUUUAUCAUCAUAUGCGGCGAAGAUGGACGGCACCGCAGGGCCUGCACCUCAUUGAGUUGAAGAGUUCCUCGACCUUCCGCGCGGCGGUCGCUCUAUCAGUCAUGCCUGCGACAGCUUCGUUCGUGCGACGCCUGUGUUGUGUUUCGUGGUGUGUCCUGCUGGUACACAACUUUGCCACAGCGCUGCCGGAGACAAUCUACAUCGGGGCGCUGUUGGAAGACGACCACGAGGACAAGGAGCAGGAAUUGGCUCUACGAUACGCCAUCGACCGCAUCAACAACAACAACGCCAUCCUGCCCGCCUCAAGACUCCGACUUUUGACGCAAAGGCUACCGCCCGGCGACGCUUUUCACGCCUUCAAGACAGUGUGCCGCCUGGUAGAGAAGGGUACGCGCGCCGUGCUAAGCCUGCAGUCUUCGAACGCGGCCGCUGUGGUACGCUCAGCGUGCGCGCGCUUUCAAGUGCCCUACCUGCGGGUGCGCCGUUGCGAAGGAGGCGCUGACGGCGGCCACCCGUUCACGCUGUCCUUCUACCCGGACCCCGAACAAGUGGGCAGGGCACUGCUCGACUUGGUGCUCGCGUUGGACUGGACCUCCUUCACGAUCGUCUACCGGAACCAGUCUAGCUUCCUCCGACUCAGAGAAGUGCUCAAGUACGGUCAGAGGCCGCCGGCGAAGGUACGCCUCGUCCAGUGUGCGGACCAAGGGAGCUACGACAACGUGCUCCAAGACCUCAGGCGCAAGCGGGAACUACGCGUUCUUCUCGACCUCAGCACUGCGGAGAUCGACACGUUCAUGAAAAAAGCUGUGAAAGAAUCCAUGGCCACUCCAUACCACCAGUACAUCCUAGCCUCAAUGGAUCUCCACACGCUGUCCUGGUGGCGACCACGGGCCGACCGGCCUGCAGACACCGCAGGAGCGGAAGCCCUGCCGACCCCGCCCUCUUCUUCUCCGGCUUCCGGGUCUGCGGCGGCCGCGACAGCUGGUGUGUAUGGAUUUCGCCUCCUGGACCCGGACCAACCGGCCGUGCACGAUGUGAUCCGGGACUGGAAUUUCGGCGAGCUGCUCUUCGGACGACGCGUCGAGCGCACCACCCUGAAGACUGAGAACGCGCUGAUAUACGACGCCCUGUCGCUGCUGGCACGCUCUUUCCACGAUCUGGACCGGUCCCAGAGCAUCGAAACGCAUCGGCUCUCCUGCUGGGACCCGGACGCCCAGGGGCCCUGGCCUCAUGGCCGCGCCUUGGUCAGCUACAUGAAGAUGGUUCAUUUCAAGGGUCUUACUGGAGACGUACACUUAAGCGACCUAGGUAGACGAAAAGACUUCGCGCUUGAUGUCGUCAAGCUUCAGUCGAAUGGCUUCGAGAAGGUGGGAGCAUGGACGAGGGACGUAGGCCUGACAGCUGUGGCGCCACCGGGAUCCACAUUGUCGCCGCCCCUGCACCUCCCGGCGCGGCCGCCAUCACGUCAGGCGUCAACCCGUGCCUCGGGCGCAGCGGGAACGGAAGGGCUCAAAGGAGUCGGCGAGUCCAGAGAGCAGGCCGCCCCGAGACACCGGCAACUCCUCCGCGUCACAACCAUCGUCCACCCACCGUACGUGAUAGCUCACCGCGUCGGCGGAGGGAGGAUGCCGCCAUCGGUCAACGGGUCGUCGACACCGCCUGCGCGAGUCCGCUACACGGGCUUCGCCGUCCAGCUGCUGGACAUGGUGGCCUCGGCGCUUGGGCUCGAGUACGAGAUACGCGCGUCGGCAGAUGGCUCCGACUACGGGACGCUGUCGGCGCGCGAGGGCCGGUGGAGUGGACUGGUGCGGGAGGUCUUCGAAAGGGAGGCCGACCUGGCUAUUGGAGACAUCACUAUAACUCGAGAACGCCUAGAGUACAUCGAUUUCACCACACCCUUUCUGCAGAAUGACCUCGGCGUUCUGUACCGCAACAUUGACCGUGAAUUCCGCGAUCGGCCCGAGUUCCUUCGGCCCUGGACUGGCGAGCUUUGGCUCUGCGCGGCCACGGCAGCGCUGGCCUCGUCGCUGGCGUUGGCUUUCGUGUCGAGGCUCAGCGCGGCCGAGUGGGUGCCUGCCAGCUCUUCGAGGUCGGUGGCCGCUGCGCGACGCUACUCGUCCUGCGCCGGUUACACAAAAGCUACCCGACGGGCGCAGACCCUGCGAAACCGCUUCACGCUCUUCGACAGCCUCUGGUUCAUCCUCGGCUCGCUGCUCCAACAGGGCACCGAGGUGUUUCCCAGUUGCGGUCUCGAAUCCGUCGUCAUUGAAGCGAACAGGUAG